UAUUGUGUUGAAUGUAUGUAGGGAAGCACCGAAGGAGGACUGUAGUAUUGGCUAGAGCUGUGUAUUGAACUAGACAUGAUGCCAAUGGGAGGUUAAUUCUGACCGCAAAGGACAUUAAAUCAAUCCCUUUUAUUUUCCCUCGUUUUAGGGGGAAACAUAUAUGAACCAAUUUCUGUCUUUGAGACUCGAAAGCUAAGGACUGUAAAAUAAUAGCUUGCCACGAGCAAACACGAAGGAGAGUAGCAAGCUAAUAGCUAGCCAAUGAAGAAAUCUCUUUGUGGAUUAAAGGAGAAUUAGCGUGUUGUCAAAACCGUCCUGGAAGAGACCAAGAUCUUCGAAUACUUGGGAAGAAGACCGUAACAUUAACGGACGGCAAACAAUAACGCGGUCUUUCGCUGUAUCGAGGAAUUUACCUGACAUUAGCUUGGUGCUCGAAGCUAUUCUGUUAGCUUGUUAGUCUACAUUUCUGUGUGGAAAUCAAACUGGCUCCUAGCGACACAGCGUAGCUGCUGCUAUUGCUAAUUUCUCUGCUGACAAUAAAGUUAAUGCAUAUACAGUGUGCACGUCUCUUUACAAAACAUUUUGAAACACGAGUGAAAGCCUGAAAACAACUCAACUAGGUUCAGUUACCUGGUUAGUUAUGGACAUUGUUUACGUUUUUUGUCGCUGAUGCCAUGGAGAACGGACAGUAGUUGCGACGGAAUUAUAGAAACAUAUUCGACAUCAUGUAGUUAACUGGGCACUUUGAAUGCGUCCUGCUUAUUAAUGAACGGUGGUGAGGUGGUCGAACUAUUGCCAUAUAAAAUGACAGCUGGCGGUAAGAAUUGACACCGUGUUCUCUGGGCAUUGUUGCUGUUAGCCAUGCGUACUGCAGAGUGUAGCAUCCUUUCCGUCCACAAUUGAAACGCUAACACCACAACGUUUUAACGUUACAAUUCUAAAAAGAGACCCGAAGACAAUCUGGUGGUCCUUCGCUGGAUUAAAGGAGCCAAACUUCGCCUACUGGACUGCAGGCUUUGCUACGUUAAUUUGUUGUAAUUUUAUGUCUGGAAUAAAAAUAGAUUCUGUCCUCGGACUAAUGUCCAAUAAUAUAAUGACAUCAGCACUAUAGCGAAAUAAAUACCCAGGCUUGUUCAUUCCAAAUGACAGGCUAGAUACGUGUGAUUGUUUCGAGGUUUUUGCAAAGUGCAUAUUAGCCAUAGACAUAGAAAGGACAUCCCUGGAUAAACAACGUCCUGCUGUUGUUGGACUGAACUGUUGGAAAAUGGAAACGGUUGGAGACUUUGAAUACAGCAGGAAGGACCUGGUUGGACAUGGGGCUUUCGCCGUCGUGUUCAAAGGAAGGCACAGGAAGAAGACCGACUGGGAGGUGGCCAUCAAGAGCAUCAACAAGAAGAACCUGUCCAAGUCCCAGAUUUUACUGGGGAAGGAGAUCAAGAUCCUCAAGGAGCUUCAGCAUGAGAACAUCGUGGCUCUCUACGAUGUGCAGGAAACACCGAGCUCUGUGUUCCUGGUGAUGGAGUACUGUAACGGAGGGGACCUGGCUGACUACCUGCAAGCUAAAGGCACUCUGAGGGAGGACACGCUGCGGGUGUUCCUGCAGCAGAUCGCGGCGGCCAUGCGCAUCCUCAACAGCAAGGGCAUCAUCCACCGCGACCUCAAGCCGCAGAACAUCCUGCUCUCCUACACCGGCCGCAAGAAGGGCAGCCUCAAUGGCAUCCGCAUCAAGAUCGCUGAUUUUGGCUUUGCGCGCUAUCUCCAGAGCAACAUGAUGGCCGCCACCCUCUGCGGAUCGCCCAUGUACAUGGCCCCAGAGGUCAUCAUGUCGCAGAACUACGACGCCAAAGCUGACCUGUGGAGCAUCGGGACCGUGGUGUACCAGUGCCUCGUGGGAAAACCGCCCUUCCAGGCCAACAGCCCGCAGGAUCUGCGCAUGUUUUACGAGAAGAACAAGACGCUGGAGCCAAGCAUUCCGAGGGAGACCUCUCCGCACCUGUGCGACCUGCUCCUGGGCCUGCUGCAGAGGAACCAGAAGGACCGCAUGGAUUUCGACGCAUUUUUCAGCCACCCUUUCCUGGAUCCAGCGUCAACUAUUAAGAAAUCUUGCCCAGUGCCUGUUCCCAGCUGUCCCGGCUCCGUGUUGGACAGUACCUGUGGCAGCUCCCCCUCCUGCCGAUACGUCUCCCCCCCAUCCCUGCCCGACAUGCAGACUCUGCCCGAGGACGUGCUGGCCUCGCCCCCCCUCGGGCCCCCAAACUACCUGCAGCUCUCCAAGGAGUCCGGCGGCAGCACCAGCAGCAAGAACUCCUCCUGCGACACGGACGACUUCGUGCUGGUGCCCCACCUCUCCGGAGAGCAGUCCUAUGACCUGCCGUUAGGGGCCACAGGCAGACGACCUUCCAGCGAGUUCCUCAUGUGUGGAGGGCAGCCGCCGCCGCCGCCGCACGCCGGCCAGACGCCGGCGGUGUCCCCGCGCGCGGAGACCACGCCCAUCCCGGUGCCCACCCAGGUGCGCAACUACCAGCGGAUCAAGCAGAACCUGUCCAGCAGCCCCAGCCCCACGCAGUACGGCUCCCCCAGGUCCGGUACGGUGCGCCGGUCCAACACCAGCCCCAUGGGCUUCCCCAAGGCGGGCUCCGGGUCGCCCAGCUCGGCUGAGGGGGCCCAAACACUGGGCCGGCGCCUCUCCACCGGCUCCUCCCGCCCCUACUCCCCCUCCCCCCUGGGUGAGCGCGCGCCCGUCUGUCUGUCCGUCUGUCUGUCUGCCUGUUCAUCUGUCUGUCUGUCUGUCUGCCUGUUCAUCUGCCUGUCUGUCUGUGUGUCUGUCUGUCUGUCCCAGCUGUCUGUGUGUCUGUCUUUGGCCCAUUCCCAGAGGCAGCUGUCCAGUGCUGCUGUGGCACAUCUCAGGCUGGCGAACCCAGCUCACUGGAGUUUUCCCUGCUCACCCCCCCCCCCCCCUCCUCCCACAGGGUCCCCUGGCCCCCCCUCCCAGUUGCUAGGAGCCCGGCUGCACAGCGCCCCCACCCUGACGGAAGUCUACCACAAGCAGAAGCUGCAGAAGCAGCUGUCGGACCCCGUGUACCCGAUCCAGCCCUCCAGCUCCGCCUACCCCAGCAGCCACUCCCCCCAGCUGGGCCGGCCCGGCAGCCUGGGCACCUCCCCCACCAAGCACCUGGGCUCCUCCCCCCGCUCCUCCGAUUGGCUGCAGAAGUCCCCGCUGCCCACCAUCAUCGGCUCUCCCACUAAGACGACGGCGCCUUUCAAGAUCCCCAAAACGCAGGCGUCCUGCAACCUGAUGGCCCUGGCGUCCCAGCAGGGCCUGGCGGACAGCCCCGCCAGAACCCUGGGAGAGUCCCGGGACCUCUGCGCCCACCACUGCACCCCGUACCCCAGCGCGCGCCAGGCCACCCCCGAGCCAAGCAGGACCACCUUCGGCCGGUCGGUCAGCACGGGUCGUCUCUCCGAGCCGGUGAGGAUCUCCCUGGGGGGUCAGCCCUACCAGGGCAGCACCGACAGCCUGAACACUGAGAGGCCCAUGGACACAGCCCCUGCAGGGAUCGGUGGGGCGAGCCCUCGCACCGUGCUGUUCACCGUGGGGUCUCCCCCAAAGUGCAGCACCCCGCCCACCUGCAGUCACCUGGGCUCCCGGCCACGCACCACCUCAGUGGGGUCCAGCAGCUCUGCAGGGUCUCUGUGCUCCACCAGUGGGCGUGUGUAUAUGGGGUCCCCGCCCAGCAUGGCCAUAGGCUCCUCCCCCCCUGGCGCGGAGGCGGGGCCCAGCAGCCUGCGCUACGUCCCCUACGGCACCUCCCCCCCCAGCCUGGACGGCUUCAUCACGUUCGAGGCCCCUGAACUACCCGAGGAAACGCUCAUGGAGCGGGAGCACACGGACACGCUGAUGCACCUGCGCAUGAUGCUGUCCUUCACCGACGGCGUGCUGGAGAUCGCCGCGGUGCGGGCGGGCGGGGCAGAUCUGGGCGUGUCCGCCGCCUCUCUCUACCCCCCUCAGGACAGCGUGGUGGUGGACCAGAUCAGCCAGCUCAGCAGGGAGUGGGGGCAGGUGGAGCAGUUGGUGCUGUAUAUGAAGGCUGCCCAGCUCCUGGCCUCCUCCCUGCACCUGGCCAAGGCCCAGAUAAAAUCCGCCAAACUCAACCCCUCCACCGCCGUCAAACAAGUGGUGCGCAGCCUGAACGAGCGCUAUAAGAGCUGCAUCUCUCUGUGCCGGCGCCUGACGGACCGCCUGCAGCACUUCUUCUCCGAUAAGCAGCGCUUCGUGGACGAGAUCAACAGUGUGACAGCCGAGAAACUCAUCUACAACCACGCUGUGGAGAUGGUGCAGACGGCGGCGCUGGAUGAGAUGUUCCAGCAGACGGAGGACAUCGCCUUCCGCUACAACAAGGCCGCCAUGCUGCUGGAGGGGCUGUCCAAGGUCCUGCAGGACCCGGCCGACAUCGAGAACGUCAACAAGUAUAAAGCCAGUGUGGAGCGGCGGAUCUCUGCACUCUGUUACUGCACUGUCACGCUGUACGAGUAGGCCACGCCCACAAGGGACCACCUGUCUGCUGUCACAGGGACCACGCCCUUACCUGAGCACCUGAACAACCGGAGGCACACCCCCACCCCCCCCCCCAGCCCUUCUCUCUUGUAGCAGUUGAAGCACUUUUCCUUUUUAUUCUGUUGAGAAAAAAACAGUGUUAUUCCCUUAUGCCUCAUGAACCGAGUGCAAAGCAGGAGAGACUCGCAUAUCCACAACCAAAGAUGAUGAUGAUGGUGACGAAGAAGAAAGAAAGCCAGACAAAAUGACUGAACAAAAAGUCCAAAUCAGAUCACAAACCACUUGUGGGACUGUUAGGAAACUGAACUCUCCUACAGAACUCGCCCUGAGACUGUUCAGUUCUUAAAAGUGAAGCACAGUACAGCAAACAUUAUUAUUCUUAUUAUUAAUAUUAUUAUUAUAUUCUUACUGUUGCAGUUAUUUAUUGGUUAGGGAAAACGCUUUUCCAGAUGAGAUAAUCCUGUCUGUUGAACAUUCAGUAAUGAGUGGCAGAUAUUUUGAGUGAGCACAUUUACAUUCACAUUUACCUACAUCCACACAAACAAACUCAUAAUAGAAACUAACACACACACACACACACACACACAGGAAUUUACACAUGCAUACAUGCGCACAGACACACACAGCAGUGUAAAGAGCCUGUAGAUGCGUAAUUAUCUUUUUUUUGCAGAAGCACUUUAUGAACAGCGGCGGUUGGAAGCAGAUUUCCAUUUGGUAGUGAACACAAAUUGAAGGUUGGCGGGUUAAACUGAUGGGGUGUGGGGGGGGAGGGGGGGUGGAAGGAGACUCAAUUAGUUUCCUGUACCACUGAGAGACUCCUCCCACUGAGGGACUCCUCCCACAGACAGACUCCUCCCAAUGAGAGACUCCUCCAACAGACAGACUCCUCCCACUGAGAGACUCCUCCCACAGACAGACUCCUCCCACUGAGAGACUCCUCCCACAGACAGACUCCUCCCACUGAGAGUCUCCGUCCACUGACAGACUCCUCCUAUUGAUAGACUCCUCCCACUGACAGACUUCUCCCACUGAGAGACUCCUCCCACUGUCUGACUCCUCCCACUGAGAGACUCCUCGGACCCCGCCUCUGGACCUGGCUCGGCUCGGCUCGGCUCGGCUCGGCCUGGUUCUCCCUCGUUACUGUACUGGACUUCCGCGCCGCGUGCAGGGGCUGCCGGGCUCAAGCGGCGUCAGCAAAGCGGGCAAUACGCAAGACGCCAUCUCCCCGGCCUCGUCUUCCUCACACUGCAAUCAGAGAGACUGCGGGGGGGCGGGGCACGUCACCGUCCCCGUCACCACGGAGACCGGAUCACGUCACUGCCCCCCCGUCGCUACGGAGACCGGAGUACAUCACGGCCCCCGUCGCCAUGGAGACCGGAGUGCAUCGCAACCCCCAUCGGCGCGGCGGCGGAAGGGCACCGCGGCUCUCGUUACCACGGCAAUGGUUCUGGCCUCUUAGAGCCGUCUGCUGCCGAGUCCAAUCAGAAGUGGGGAAAUUACUUGAGUAGUUUACCGAAGUUUCAUUUUCUUAGAAAAACAUAGACGUUUUUUAAAAAAUGUUUAUUAAUAACUGUAUCUAAUUUUCAAGGAAAGUUGAUGUUUGCAAAAUGUAAAUAUUUGUAUGUCGUGCAUGUGAUUUUUAUUUGACCUUUUCCUGAAUGAAUGCGAGAGGCAAAGUGUGGGAUAAGAGACAGGAAGUGAUGUCAGCAGAUGCUCCUGUGAAGCAGCACAAAACGUUCUUGUGCAGGGAUUGGCCUGUUUUCACAAAGAGCCUCAGGGUAAGAGCACUGAUCCAGGGUCAGUCUUCCCGUGUCCACGUCCGACUCCUGUCCCUUUAGAGCCAAAAUGGCUGAACUGAUCCUGGAUCAGGCCUUUGUGAAUAGGGGCCUUUGAGUUAGAGAUCUGUUACUGCCACACUUUUCGCCUGCACACUGCCAUGCCCCUGGGGGGGAGCUGGCAGUGCAAUGAGAACUGCACUCCUGUAUGAACUGUAGACCUGGAAUGUUGACCAAUGAAAUCUUGAGUCCGUAUGCUUCUUACCGAACGAGAAAAAGCCUUUUUCUGGUUUAAUGCAGGCCUCCCCCUCACACUCGCCCCCAAACUUCUGCCGUGACCUCACCGUGGUCACAACAGUGCUAGUGUGACCUCACCGACAAGGUGUGUGAUAGGCCAGCUCUCUAACCAAUCAGAAGUGGUGCAGAUCCAGCUGAAGGCCGUCCGUUUCUCUCUCUCUCUCUCUCUCUCUCUCUCUCUCCCUCCCUCCCUCCCUCC